CCAAGUGUAGGAAGGCUGAGGAGCAUCAGGACACAGGAGACCUCCUGACUACUGUCUCUGCUGAGGAGCAUCAGGACACAGGAGACCUCCUGACUACUGUCUCUGCUGAGGAGCAUCAGGACACAGGAGACCUCCUGACUACUGUCUCUGCUGAGGAGCAUCAGGACACAGGAGACCUCCUGACUACUGUCUCUGCUGAGGAGCAUCAGGACACAGGAGACCUCCUGACUACUGUCUCUGCUGAGGAGCAUCAGGACACAGGAGACCUCCUGACUACUGUCUCUGCUGAGGAGCAUCAGGACACAGGAGACCUCCUGACUUCUGUCUCUGCUGAGGAGCAUCAGGACACAGGAGACCUCCUGACUUCUGUCUCUGCUGAGGAGCAUCAGGACACAGGAGACCUCCUGACUACUGUCUCUGCUGAGGAGCAUCAGGACACAGGAGACCUCCUGACUACUGUCUCUGCUGAGGAGCAACAGGACACAGGAGACCUCCUGACUACUGUCUCUGCUGAGGAGCAACAGGACACAGGAGACCUCCUGACUACCUGCUGACCCAACUUCUAAAGUUCUCCCACCACCACCACCAUCACCAUCAUCCUCACCACCACAUGACAUGCUCCAUGGCUGACUGUGCUGCCUUGUGAUACUUCCAGGAGGAGAUCACUAAACUUUACUGCCUGCCCUUCCUCUGUGUGUGGAUGCUGGAAGAAACGUGGUGCUUCUGUAUAUGGAAAUUGUGGGGUGCAGAACAGAAGAAAGUGCCUAUCCCUUCCGACCAGCAGCCAUGCUCUUCCAUGGGAUAACAGGGGGACAUAUACAAGGGAUCAUGGAAGAGAUGGAGAGAAGGUCCAAGUCAGCAGAUAGCCGCCUAGCCAAAACUAUCCAGGUCAAUGGCAGAGAAACAAGAAUGCCGCCACUCAGCCCGGAGAAGCCAGCUCUGUGUGCAGGAUGUGGAGGGAAGAUCUCUGACAGAUACUACCUAUUGGCUGUGGACAAGCAAUGGCAUCUCCGCUGCCUGAAAUGCUGUGAAUGUAAACUGGCCUUGGAAUCAGAACUGACUUGUUUCGCAAAAGAUGGAAGCAUCUAUUGUAAAGAGGAUUAUUACAGGUUUUCGGUGCAGAGGUGUGCUCGGUGCCACCUGGGCAUUUCAGCUUCAGAGAUGGUUAUGAGAGCGAGGGAGUCCGUCUAUCAUCUAAGCUGCUUCACGUGCACCACGUGCAACAAGACCCUGAGUACAGGAGACCAUUUUGGCAUGAAGGAAAAUCUAGUCUAUUGCCGGGUUCACUUUGAGCUCUUGGUCCAAGGAGAUUUCCAUCCUCAGCUCAACUACACUGAGCUCUCGGCCAAAGGCGGAGGACUGUCCACGCUGCCAUACUUCACCAACGGAACAGGGGCAGUGCAAAAGGGGAGGCCCAGAAAGAGGAAGAGUCCGGCCCUGGGAGUGGACAUCAUCAACUACACCUCAGGUUGCAAUGAGAACGAUACAGAUUUGGACAGAGACCAGUCAUAUCCUCCCUCCCAAAAGACAAAACGUAUGCGUACCUCAUUCAAGCAUCACCAGCUCCGCACCAUGAAGUCAUACUUCGCUAUAAACCACAAUCCAGACGCAAAGGAUUUAAAGCAACUGGCUCAAAAAACAGGAUUAACCAAAAGGGUCCUACAGGUUUGGUUUCAAAACGCACGGGCGAAAUUCAGAAGGAAUCUUUUACGACAGGAGAAUGGGGGAGGCGAUAAGGUUGAAGGUGCCUCUCUCAGCGCCCCAGCAUCAGCGGACAGUGCUGCACUCACACCAACAGGUGGCGCAUCCACAUUAUCAGACCUCACCAGCCCCUCCCUCAAUGUCGGGGCCUCUGUAACCCCAAACAUGGACAAUCAUGAGUCUGGAAGCCCAUCUCAAACUACACUCACCAAUCUUUUUUAACCUGUACCAAGACUCUUCUUGUCUUCUACUGUCUCUCUUAUUUUUUUUUGUUCUGUUGCAAUACUGUGCAUUUAACCCUCUAAUCAGGAUAUAACCAGCGAACGACGAAGAAUCAACUCUACCGCCACUCAGUGAAUUUAUCUGUGCUGUCAUUGUUGCCUGAACAUCAUUGCCCCUUCCCUCCCCCAUGGAGGGAUGUUGCGUAGGGAAGAGUAAAGAGAUGUGUGGGACACAGGCAUACGGUCAUAUAUAAUUGUGCGCUAUGUUUUCUAUCAUUCCUGAGUUAUAUCAACACUUAGAUCAGUGCUGGGGCCUGGUGCAGCACUAUAGUCCUGCAGGGACUGGGGCCCGCAUGGCACCCUCUGCACCUAUGUCUUACUCUUCUCACUGUGAUUUUUCACUGAUAGACCCCAUUUCCUUUUAUCAAUAUGGCUGUCUAUUUGGUUAUAUCAUGACGUUCAUUUUAUUUCAAGAAUAGAAUUGGCAUGGAGCAGUCUAAAGGCCGGUAAUCGCUAAAAUCCUCCAGUUUUCACACACACAAAAAAAGUUCCUAACUAUGUUUGGUGUCAUUGUAAUAUAUUGCCUCCGAUGGAACGACAUGGCUGUUUCUUCUUAUCCUCUGUUUCUUCUUCCUCUGAGUCUGUCUCAAUGCAGGGUCGCCGUCUCUUUAUAUUGCGCUGCCUUUUGACAGUGAACAAGACUCAAGAGUAGAAGUACUAGAAGUGUUAUAUGAAAGGCCCUUUUGGUGUACGGGAAACGUGUGAAAACUUCUUAGUCACAUUAUCAAUGCUUGAAGUUACAGGCCCGAUCCCUGUUGCAACCUCUACUUCUGGCAGUUCCCAGUUAUUAUGGAUAUUGUGAAGAUCCAGAUCACAUACAGAUCACAUAUAGUUAGUAUGUAAAUAUUGAUAUGGAUAUUGAUUUUAGAUCUACAUAAUAGGAGAGAGUUAAAUGGCAGCUCCGAUGCUGGUCCGAUGGCAGGAUACAUGUUUAAAUUUCCCGGCAAUUUUACAGCUGAACACUAAAGCGGUCAUGAUACGGAUUUGUCCGAUGUCUAUUCAACUCAAUGGGAUGGCAAAUCUGGAUCCCGAUCACUUUAGUAUAGGGCAAGUCUCGGGCUAAGAAGUUGCUAGGAAAUAUAAACAUAUAUCCUGCUGCCGAACCAACAUCCGAGAUGGGCUUGCCAAGCUUGCCUAUUUUGUGGGGACCGAUUCACUAUCUAAUGAGUAUGAUGGUAUCCUGACUUUCCAUCUAGUGAACUGAGCUGUUGGAUUUCAACAUGCCGAUUCUUCUAUUUGCAAUACAGAUAAGCUUGCAGCAGAGGGGUCUGGCAGGGGCUUCCUCCCAUAUCCAAGCUAAGUGUACGGGGUAUUAGGAGGAAUAGCUGUUUGGCCAACUGCUGUCUAAAGAGUAUGGCCAGGUUUGCAAAAAUGGAAAUCUCAAUGUAUUAUGGGAUUUUUUUUUUUUUUUUUACAUUUGACCAUAAAUCUGAUGUCUGAAACAUUUUAUUGACAUUUUGGAGAUAUUAAAAUUUCCCAUGAUAACAACUCCACUGGAAACAUAAGAGCGGAGGACAUGCAGGGAUAUACCUAUAACCUAUUGCUCUUGAAAAACAGUUUUCAUGUGUUUUCUGUACACUAGGGAGAGUUCGCGCCUGCCAUUUUAAUGCAGUUUUAAAGCCAUUGCCGAGAGUGGAUCAUAAAGGUAGAGAAGACAUAAGAGAAAGAAUCUACUUCUGUUGAUCUUUAAUCCACUCCGAGCUUUGACUACAAAAACUAUAUAAAGAAUUUCAUUAAAACAGCAUUUGUGAAACUCCCAUAUGGUUGGUGUCAUAAAAACAGUUUUUUUUCUUGGAAAUUUUCCACUGCAGUUUUUGAUGCAGACAGAAGGGGUUUCAAAA